AUGCCUCCCAGAAGAACGGGCAGAAGUGCAGCCGCGAGUGCUCCUCCAGCCGAUCCGCCUCUCGAUGGCUGUGCCAUUGCAGUAAGCGGAAAGUUUGAGGAGAUUGGUCACAGUCAUUCCUCUCUGGAAGCUCUCAUUCGCAAGCACGGUGGCUCUUUCACCAGAAGUGUCACCAAGGCCACAACGCACGUUGUUUCUACCGAUGAUGACUUUAAUCAGCAAAGCAACAAGGUCACCGCUGCACACGCCAAAGGCCUUCCUAUUUUGAACCCAUCGUGGCUGAUUGACACCGACUCCAAGGGCACCAAGCAGAACCCUGAUGACUAUAGCUGGUCUUCAUCCACCAACGGUGCUGCUAAGGGCACUGCUAAGGCUACUACCAACGGCACUUCCAGCAAGAGAUCCCCUCCCGCUGCUGACGAUGAGGAUGAAGAAGACAGCCAGCCCCGAGCCAAGCGUGCCAGAAGCGCAAGCGUUGCUCCCACCAAAUCAAAGCCCAAGGCCACUAAGAAGGGUGCCAAGGCCCAGGCAGAUGUUGAGGAAGAGUCAGAAGAAGACGCGAAGCCCAAGAGCAAGGCUAAGGCUAAGGCUCCUGCCAAGAAGGCUACCAAGGGCAAGGCCGCAGUCAAGGCUGAACCCGAGUCUGAGGAUGAAGUUGAGGAGAAUCUCAAGGAAGAAAAGCAGGUCGCCGAAGGCCAGUUCAUCAAGAAGAAGGAUGCUGCCAUUCCCCUUGACGAAUACUGCACCCUCCCUACCUAUCAGGUUUACGUCGAUCCUGGUUCUGGUCUCAUCUACGAUGCGUCACUGAAUCAGACCAACGCUGGUAAUAACAACAAUAAAUUUUACCGUAUUCAGGUUCUGAAGGACCCAAAGUCAGCAACUUUCAAGACGUGGACCCGAUGGGGCCGUGUUGGAGAGAUGGGACAAAAGGCUGUUCUCGGAAAUGGAAGCCUCGAUGAUGCCGUCAAGGUCUUCCAGAAGAAGUUCAAGGACAAGUCAGGUCUCUCAUGGGAUAACCGCGGCGACAACCCCAAGCCUGGUAAAUAUGCUUUUGUUGAGCGUAGCUACGACGACUCGGAUGAUGAAUCUGACGAUGACGCGGGGGCUGUCAAGAAGGAGAAUGGCGACGAGGAUGAUGUGCCAGAACCGGAGUGCAAGCUCGAGAAGCCUGUCAAGGAGUUGAUGGAACUCAUUUUCAACCAGCAAUACUUCCAGCAAGCAAUGACCUCGCUGAACUACGAUGCCAACAAGCUACCCCUCGGCAAAUUAAGUAAAGCCACCAUUACCAGAGGUUUCCAGCAACUCAAGGAUCUUGCCGCUCUAUUCGACGAUCCCAGUCUUGCCCAGAGCAAGCACGGCAAGAGCCUGGGUGCUAUUACUCAGGAACUUUCCAACAUGUUCUACUCGCUCAUUCCUCACGCGUUCGGUCGCCAACGACCACCUGUCAUCAACACCGAAACAAUGCUCAAGAAAGAAAUAGAACUUCUUGAGAGCUUGUCGGAUAUGAAGGAGGCAGUGGAGAUCAUGAAGAGUGACCGCAAGACAAGGGACACUGUCCAUCCUCUUGAUCGACAAUUCGCCGGCCUUGGUAUGGAGGAGAUGACUCCUCUUGAGCAUGACAGCAACGAGUUCUCUUAUCUCCAGAACUAUCUCCAUGGUUCCAAGGGCGCAACUCACCAUGUUAACUACACGGUGAAGGAUAUCUUCCGUAUCGAGCGCCAGGGUGAAUGCAAACGAUUCGACGAAUCUGAAUUCUCCAAGAUCUCCUCUGAUCGUCGUCUCCUUUGGCACGGUUCUCGAACAACCAAUUACGGUGGUAUCCUUAGUCAGGGUCUCCGAAUUGCGCCCCCUGAGGCCCCCGUGUCCGGUUACAUGUUCGGCAAGGGAAUUUACCUUGCCGAUAUGUCUUCCAAGUCAGCCAACUACUGCUGCUCCUACAACUCUGGUGGCGAAGCAUUGUUGCUUCUUUGUGAAGCUGAGCUUGGAGAUCCUAUCCAGAAGCUCAAUGAUUCUAGUUAUGAAGCUGGCGAAACUGCGAAGAAGCAAGGCAUGCACAGUACUUGGGGUCAGGGUCAAACUGGCCCCAGCAAGUGGAUUGAUGCAGGAGCUGCCCACGAGAGUCUCAAGGGAAUCAAGAUGCCCGACCCAGAAAUCAAGCCCGGCAACACCAACAUUCCCGGAGCUUGGCUGCAGUACAACGAGUACAUUUGUUACGAUGUUGCCCAAGUCAAGCUGCGUUACUUGCUUCGCGUCAAGAUGUAG